UCUUCUAAGCUGAUCAUAACUGUAACCCAGCUGGGUCUCGCUGGGUCACUGUAAUUCACUGCGUUAGAUGCAAAGUGGGCUUUUGCGCAGCGCAGCGCAGCCUUCAUCUCUCGCUACUACUAAACCUGAAGAGCUCUCCACAUCGACGCCGCUCUCGCCUGCUCGCUGUUUCUGAUUCCACCGCUUAGGACUCUUUUUUUUUUUUUGGAGAGAGUGUAGACUGUUUGUUUUUCUGUCUUUAGUCAAAGCUGUGACUUCGCUGGAUUUCUUUUUCCUCCCUGGUGUCUUUUGUUGGUUGCAUUACGCGCUCGACAUGUGGUGGAUGCUGUUCCCCCGCUGGAUCUGGUUUCUCGUGGGACACUGUUAUAUUUUACUCCUCUACAUGGACAGACGCCGUGUCAGCGCGAUGCCGAUGCCGAUGUCGGUGGCAAAAGUGGUGUACUCUCACGCAGGUCUGUGCCCGAACGAACUGAACCCCAACCUGUGGGUGGAUGCGAUGAGCACCUGUAUGCGCGAGUGUGAAUCUGACCAGGACUGUGAGUCGUUCGAGAAGUGCUGCCCUAAUGUGUGUGGCAACAAGAGCUGUGUGGCCGCGCGUUAUAUUGACAUCAAGGGCAACAGGGGACCCAUUGGAAUGCCAAAGGGUGCCACCUGCGACAAGUUCAUGUGCUCCCAGCAGGGGUCCGAGUGUGACAUCUGGGACAGUCAGCCUGUCUGUAAGUGCCGUGAUCGCUGUGAGAGGGAGCCCCACUUCACGUGUGCAUCUGAUGGCAUGACAUAUUAUAACAAGUGCUACAUGGAUGCUGAGGCUUGUUCCAAGGGUAUCUCUAUCUCUGAGGUCACCUGCAGGUAUCACCUGACCUGGCCAAACACCAGCCCAAUCCCUGCAGAGACCACCGCACACCCCACCACUGCCCGACAGACCACCCUCCCAGCUGACAUCCAACUACCCAUGAUACACAGCGGCACCAGCGAACAAGCUGUUUUUGUUGGAGAGACAGCUAGUUUCCUGUGCGAGGUGUCGGGGAAGCCUCGUCCGCAAGUUACCUGGGAGAAACAGCUGAAGGGCAAAGAGAACACCAUAAUGAGACCUAAUCAUGUACGUGGGAACACUGUGGUGACUAACAUUGGCCAGCUGGUCAUAUAUAAUGCACAACUUCAGGACGCCGGCAUUUAUACAUGCACUGCCAAGAAUGUUGGGGGAAGCGUGUCAUCACACUUCCCCUUGGCAGUGAUCAAGAGGGAAAUGAAAGGUAAGAGCGCAGAAGGGAAUAGUACCAACCUGCCUUUCCCAGCUGAAGAGUGCCUCAAGAGCCCAGACACGGAUGACUGUGGUGACGAGAGCAUGAGCUGGUACUACGAACCAAAAAGGAACAAUUGCUUCACCUUCACCUACAGCCAGUGCAAUAAAAACCGCAACCAUUUCGACACCUAUGAAGCCUGCAUGCUGUCAUGUGGAGGAGAGCUCGCAGCUCCCUGUAGCCUACCAAGCAUCCAAGGGCCUUGCAAGGCGUAUGAGCCUCGCUGGGCGUACAGCAACAGCCUCAAGAAGUGCCAGUCUUUUGUCUACGGAGGCUGCGGCGCCAACGAGAACAACUUUGAAUCCAAAGAGGCCUGUGAAGAGAUGUGUCCUUUUCCAAAGAAUCACAACUGCAAGAUGUGUAAACCCCGGGGCAAGAUGGUCAGCAGUUUCUGCAAGAGUGACUUUGUGAUCCUGGGGCGUGUGACUGAACUGACAGAGGAGCAAGAGUCAGGCCAUGCGCUGGUGACAGUGGAGGAGAUCUUGAAGGAUGAGAAGAUGGGUCUGAAGUUCUUUGGCAAGGAACCGCUGGAGGUGACUCUUCUGAACAUGGACUGGAACUGUCCCUGUCCCAACAUCACUGUCACCAAAGGGCAGCUCAUCAUUAUGGGAGAUGUUCAAAAUGGGAUGGCCAUACUGCAGCCUGACAGCUUUGUAGGCGCCUCCAGCACUCGCAGAAUCAGGAAGUUACGUGAGUUUAUCCACAAGAAAACCUGUGAUUUUCUUUAAGAUUUCUCUGCCGCACGGUAGAGUCUCUUAAAAUCUCGCAAUCACUGAAAAUCCGUCACAUUGUUUUCAGAUAAUCACAGUACAUGCUCCACUUACCUCACCAGUCUGCCUGACUGCAAGGGAACACAGAUCUAGUAACUUAUCUGUGACAUUGCAGGUUGUCUUUCCAGUUGUAAAGCUGUUUCUUUCUCUCUUUUGUCCCUUAUUGCUCAGUUGACUAAACAAAUCUGAUAAUCAUGUCAUAGUUUUUCAUAGUUUGUUUGGAUAAUUUCUGUCAGUUUUAAUUCAUGAUGUAUUCACAGUCAAAAAUGUACUUUUUUCUUAUUAGAAUCACAUUUAUAUAGUUUUCAUGUACAACACAACUAAGACACUGAAAAAGUCAUGUGAAAUAUGCAUUUACCCUGCAUAAAGUAUUUAAUCUAUGAAACUGUUUACUGAUUAUGAUUAUUAUCAUUAUUAUUAUCGUAAUAAUAAUGAUAAUGUAUAGCUUUCAUUACUCCAAUCUAAUUCCUUUAGCAGUGUGGUUUGAUAUUUGACUUGUCUUUAUGCAGGGCCAUCAAAAUAGACAGUGUAUAGCAACUGUUCUAAGCUCAGUAUAAUGCAAUGUGAUGUGACGCCUCAUUUCAUUUACCAGAAUCAGAAUAAGCUCUUUUUUUAAGCUAUUUUGACAAGUUUUCAUUUACAACAUAGGAUAUAUGUAUGUGCUCUUCUGUAUGUCAUAUUUAUUUUUUAUUUUUUUCUUGAUAUAUUUCUUAUAGAGCUACAGCCAGUGGACUUCCAGUAUACAUAUAUACAUAAAGUGUA